GCCGCAGCUCAGCUUCGACGCCCACCAGCUCUAUAUUGGACGGUCGGAACAUCUCUAACGCAGUCUGAGUCGCUCAACUGCACUUGUUGAUCAUGCCUGCCAACGGUGAUACCGGCAGAGCUUUAUCUGCCGCGUCGGCUUCGGGUAGCUUGGUGGAUGCAUCUGGAUACAAGUAUUCCGAGAAGGAUGUCAAACCCGGAAAGAUUAAGUUGAAGAAGUCCAAGGCCACUACCAAAGCGAAGAAAGGAGAAGAUGUGCCGCCGGACUCACCAGGCUCCUCUCCCAUUCUCCCCGAAAUCGAUGAUAAGACCAUGGCAGCGUUCCCCACCGGAAAACCCCGGGAAGAAGACCAUCUCGAAACGGUGAUAUGCAAGACGUGCAAGAGGCCGGUCCUCAAGCAGAACGCAGUGGAGCAUAUCCGGGGUUGUCUCAAGGCCAAACAGGAGAAAGCGCGGAAGAAGAAGGAGGCUCGGGAUGCGAACCGGGCCAAGGAGAAGGUAGAGAAGGACGGGGACGAAGAUGCCGCGGGCGGCGACAAGGGAGAUGGAGAUGAUUCGAUGAAGGGACAGAAGAGUGCAAAGAAGAGCGCCGUCAAGGGUAUGGAUGAGGGAAACAAAAAGGGCAAGAAACGCAAGACCGAAAACGAAGACGACAAGGACAAAGAGCCCAAGAAGAAGAAGAAAAAGGAGGAACCCAAGGCCAAGGUCCCCAAGCCCAAAGGGCCGGUCGACGUUGAAAAACAGUGUGGUGUUACGCUGCCGAAUGGUGCUCAGUGUGCGAGGUCCUUGACCUGUAAGAGUCACUCCAUGGGGGCAAAGAGAGCGGUACCUGGGCGUUCUUUGCCAUAUGAUAUGCUGUUGCAGGCAUAUCAGAAAAAGAACCAGGCUCGCCAGCAAAAGGCGGCCAUUGAUGCCAAUGCUCCACUCCAAGAUGACUUGGACAACAAUGGUCCUGUAGACUCGGAUGAGGAGAAAGACUCGGUUAUGGCUGCCAUCACUCGCUCUAAUCCACAGCCACUUGCUUCCCAUACGCUCAUUUCGACCAAGAAGAGAUAUCAGUAUGUGCGAAUCAAGGAGAUGCUAUCCCACGCCCUGGGAGGUGCACGAGGUGGUGGUCUCUUUUCCACCGGCGAUACUACACCGUCAGCAGGUGGGAAUAUUUUUGCACCAGUGGAUGACAUGACUUUGCCGUCAACAGACGCUGCUGAUGCACCAGAACCCCCAACUGAUUCGUCUAAUAAGACACCUGCGGAACCAGACCUAGCCGACCAAUUUCGCCGAGAGGUCGCAACCCUGCUGGGACGCAACAACCUGAACUUCCCAGGCGCACAGCCAGUCAGUUUUUCGACGAGGCAUCUUACCGAGCUUCAGCGGGCGGACUACUAUGUAUGUGAGAAAACAGACGGAAUCCGAUGUCUCAUGUACUUUGCGCGCGGGGAUCCAGACUCGGACCUGCCUGAGGUCCAUUACUUGAUCGACCGCAAAAAUGAAUACCGCUUCGUGCCGGGCUUGCAUUUUCCCCUGCCGAAUGACAACACCUUCCAGUCGUUUCACGUCGAUACCCUGGUGGAUGGUGAGCUGGUAAACGAUACCUACGAUGAUGGGACGCAACAGCUCAAGUUCCUCGUCUUUGACUGUCUAGUCCUCGAUGGGCAGACUCUGAUGCACCGUACUUUGGAUAAGCGGCUGGCGUACUUUAAGGAGAAGGUCCUAAAGCCCUACAAUGCACUAUACCAGAGGUUCCCCGAGGAGAAGGAACACCGCAUUUUCGCGGUGGAGGACAAAUCGACGCAGUUCAGCUACGGUAUCGAGAUGAUGUUCCGCGAGAUCAUUCCCAAGGUGAAGAAGAUACACGGGAAUGAUGGUUUGAUUUUCACCUGCCGAAGCACCCCCUACAAGAUUGGAACCGACGAGCACAUCCUCAAGUGGAAGCCGCCAUCUGAAAAUACCAUCGACUUCCGAAUGCGCCUCGAGUUUCCGAUUCUUGAGCCUGACUCGGAAGACGAGGCUGAUGGCGUUACGGAGCCGUAUGCAGACUACGACGCAAUGCCCAUAUUCCAUCUCUUCGUCUUGCUCAAUGCCAAUGAGUAUCGUCCCUUUGGUGAAAUGCACGUCACCCCGUCCGAGUGGGAGGAGCUCAAGUCCCUUGGCGUGCCGCUCGACGAUGCUAUCGUCGAAUGUGCCAAGGAUGAAACCGGCAGAUGGCGCUAUCACCGUCUCCGUGAUGACAAAAUGGAUGCAAACCACAUCUCGACCGUCGAGAAGGUCCUGGAGAGUAUCGAGGACCGCGUCACCGAGGAAGAUCUCAUCCGGAUUGCUCCGGUGAUUAAAACAGCUUGGAAGAAACGACAGGCACAGCCACCCACGGAAGGGAGGCCACGACAGAUGCCACCCAGCAUGAAUGGUAAUGGGGUCAAGAGGAAAUUUGAGGAAUAA